AUGACGAGGACGACACACGCUGUCGAUCUCUAUGAGAUCCUGUCUCUGCCGUUCACGGGGUCCUCGUCGACAGUCCUCUCCAAACAGCAGAUUAAGAUCGCAUACCAUAAAGCAUUACUGAAACACCACCCUGACAAGGCGGGUGCUGUCGCAAGGGAGACCGGGCUAGGCGGCUCGACUAACUCUACAUCCACAUCUACUCCGAACCCUCUCUUUGCCAGAUCCGAUGGCAACUCGUCGCGACAACUGUAUACCAUCGACCAGAUUACCACCGCCUAUAAGACCCUAUCCGACCCCGCCCUCCGCUCCGAAUAUAACCGUUCUCUACUUCUGGAUAGGCUGAAGGUUGCGGAACGGGAGAAAACCGGCGACGUGUUCCAUACCGGCUUGGAAGUUGUGGAUUUGGAGGAUCUCGCCUGCGAGGAGGCGGAAGGCGGCGACGGCGAUUGCUGGUAUCGCGGAUGUCGGUGCGGUGAUGAGCGCGGCUUCUUCGUCAAUGAGGAGGAUUUGGAGAGGGAGGCUGAGCAUGGCGAGAUCAUUAUCGGGUGUCGCGGAUGCAGUCUCUGGUUGAAAAUUCUGUUUGCUGUUGAGGCAGAUGAGGGAUGA